AUGGUAACAGCAACACCACGCUUGCGACGAGAAAUUAAGUUACCGAAAUUCGACGGCAAAUAUGCGGAGUUUCCAAAAUUUAUAGCUCUGUUCACGAAAAUGGUACACCAUGGUGAAAGCUUGGAUGAUUGUGAACGGUUUCUCAUCUUAAAGGAGAGUUUAGGUGCACGACCACUGGCAGCUAUUGCAGACUUCGAUGAAACGGAGAAAAAUUACCCCAAAGCGUUGCAGCGAUUAAAAGACUGUUUUGACAAGAAAAACCUGAUAUUUGAGGAGCAUAUUAGUGCACUAUUGGAAUUACUAAGAGCUGCAAAAGCCUCUGCAGAACACCUUCGAAAGGUUAUUGAUACAACAAAUGCUCGUUUAAAUGCUAUGCUGUCUCUGGGAACGUAUGAAAAUAUUGCAAAUGCUCUUAUAAUUUUUCUUGUAAUGGAAAAGUUAGAUUCCGAGUCCCAAGCAAAGUGGGAAGAAGCGGAAGAAGAUUAUACGAAACUAGCGUCGUGCGUAGAGUGCUCGGCAGUGUUAGCUAGAAGAUGUCAAACGUUGGAGGCUCGAGAAGUCAAAACAGAUCGCAUGGAGGUUAGACACAAUGUCACGAAAGAAAUCAGCAAGGAUUUUAAAUCGAAACACAUGAAAUCGCGAAGGACAGCAUCACUGGCAGUAGAGCGUGUAAAUUGUGGGGUGUGCCGCAAAGACGACCACAAUGUAUUGAAUUGCCCCAAAUUUACGCGUAUGACUCCAAGCGAGCGAUAUUCGGUGGUGCGGGGCGCUAGGCUUUGCAUUGUAUGUUUGAAGAAAGGCCACUGGUUUAAGCAAUGUUUAGCAGCUAAAUAUUCUGUAUGUAAUCAACCGCAUCACGAUUUAUUGCAUAGGCAAGUAGACGUGGCCACUGGUAGCAGCGGGGCGAACGCAAAAGAACAGCACGUAGCGGGCGCAAGCGAAAGUAGUGCAUUGUGCACAAGUUGGAAAACUUCCACGGCAAUAGAAGUUUUGUUAGAAACGGUAGUGAUUUUACAAAAGGAUGCUAGUGGCAAUUAUCAUCAGGCGCGGGCCAUAUUCGGCCUCACAAGUACAUCUAGUGUGUGA